AUCUCGCCUCUCGCCGCACUUGUCGCCUUGUCGCAUUCGCGCGUCGCACAACGCGUUGCCCGAUGCGAUGCUAUUUCCAGCGAUACGCCGCGCCGUCCUUUCCCGCUCCGACGCGACGCCCGGGCUUCCCGUCCUUUCAAUUCGGAAAUAAUGGAACUCUAUCGAGCGACCCACGGUGACGACGACUAAUUACUAAUUAUAGAUCUAACGACUAACGACCCUCGAGCCUUCGACGCGUUAUUUCACAUUCGUUUGUUCUACAUACUUGGGAAUUUAAUCGAAUAUUUAUCGCGACGUAUCCAAGUUUAUGUUGAAAUAAGAAAUCGUGUGUCGAUAGAAUUUUAUUUAUUGUAGUUUUAGAAAGCUCGCGUAGCUUCCUUCUCCCAGUUAAUAUCGCAAAAGUUGACGGCUCCACGACAGGAACGUCAUCAAAAGCGACAGUACGCGCCGGCUGCUUCCAAUUCAGUGAACUUGAAUCGCAAAUAACGCUCGAACGGGUGAUGCGAGAUGCGAGUAACACGAUCUAACGCUAACGUGCCACGACAACGACGGCGAAUCGUGCGAUACGUCAGCUCUUUCAACACUCCAUCAAUUCUCAAUCGUUGUCUUCUGGACGCGCGAAUGAUUAACGAUUCAUUUUCGAGAUUCGUUCUAUACCGCUGUUUCGAAAGUAAACGACCGGCAUAGCGUGUCCCCCCGUCGCGUCGCGCGUCGUCCUUUUCUAUUCUCGCGCCUAUAUUUAGAUGCGCACUUGGUGCAUCUCAAAUGUUGGAACAGGUAUACACCGUGUGUGAAUGACCGAAUACGCAUGACGGAACGAUGCGUGUUCCACGGGUUGACGGCGGCGGAGCGCCGCCGCGCCGUCGGCACGAGGCGAGGGAGAGAAGAAGGAAAGAGAAAGUGCACGGUGCACGCGGGGCGAACGAGCGUGAAGGAGACGGCAGGUUGGACACGGGGACAACGAAGCGAAUAGUGGAGGCAGGGACGUACCAAGUUCGUCAGGCGCACGUUCGAUUCUCGAGUAAAGUCAGGUGUGGUGAAAGAAACGCCACCGUGCGCCCGCACUCUCCUGCCUCGCUAGCUAGUCAUCUCUAUUCGCGAUCGAGAAGAGACGUAGAAACGCGCGCGGAGAUUUAUUCCACGAUCUCACAUCUCACAUCUCACUCGCGCUUUAUCGUUCCAUCUUGUUGACGUCCGACGUCCGACGUCCGACGCUCGCGGCUCGACACGUGCUCGUCAGUCGUCACCCCGGCGCGUGCUCCUUACGCAAGAUUCCACGUGAAACGCGCGUUUUCACCCGCGAAACUUAUCGCCCGCGACUUUCAUCACCCGUGUGUCGCGAUAACGCGAGCCUAGAUAUUCGAUACUUGGCGUUAACGCGUUCAAACUUUACACAGUGGCAUUUCGUCCGUGUCUUGGUUUUUUCGACGAACGUACGGACUCGAUCGUACUUGUCCAAGUACUUACGCGGUUAUAUAUUUAGAGAGAGAGAGAGAGAGAGAGAGAGAGAGAGAUUUUCAGAAGUUUUCUGGGGACCACGUUACUUUCACGCGUGUCAGCCGCAGCCGCCCCGUGUCAGUGGACACCGAUGAACCUUUCGACAAUAGUUUUUUCUAGUUGUUCGACUACACUGUUUACUAUUUAGCAUUCUCUCCUCGUUGGCGAGGCAACAAGACUUUACAAGACGCAACUACACGCCGAUCUCUGUUAUUUCCUUUGUGCGCACUGCGCACUUGUGCUAGAAACAAUGCGCUUUCUCACGGUGCGCCGCAGAAUUCUUAGCGGUGUUUAGCAUUUGCCACGCUGUACGGCUGUACACCCAGCACUUCGGGGAGCACGGAACACGAGCAUGGCAUAAGUGCACACGCGGCGCAUUCUACUUUCGUCCGAUCGCACGCGGCGUCCGGCGACUCGCGGUGACUCGUGGGUCUCAAUAAACGUGCCCUCCUUGCAUUUGCAACGUUCAUACAUUCUUCCUCGUCUUCGCAAACAUCGCGACUGCUCCGCGGGAGAAAAUAACGUCACUCGCGCGUCUUUCUUACCUAACGUUACAUUCCGCAGUCAAGUACUUAUUGUUAAUUCAUCUCUCCGCGUUUCGUUUCAUCUGAAAUUCGCAAAUAAAGGGAAACAUGGGAAAUUUAUUUAUCCGCGAUGUCUGUAAACCGACGCGACGAAACGCGGAUAUCUUUAGAAUAGAUUUCUGCAUCGAGAACGACGGUGGAGAAAGAGAUCCUCCGCAGGCAGGACGACCCCCUUCGCGUCGUCGUCACCGCGAUUCUUCCCUCGAUACGGUCGUACGCCCCUGACUUUGUCCACGGUGGGGGCAGAUGAGGCGGAGGCAGAGGGUGUCGGUCGUCGGGUCGGCGCAGCGGCGAACAGUGGCGAGCGGACUCGUACGAGUCGAGGACGAGGCGACGAGGCGACGAGGCGACGAGCUGGCGAAAGCGUCGCGAACGGGUUCGUGUGUCGUCGAGGGAGCUCGCGAGAGGAUACAGAGAAACCACCGGAGUGUUCUGGAUCGUGGAAGCAUCUCGUGGGGGCUCGCCGUCGUGUUAAAAAAAAAAAAAAAAAAAAGAAACUUGUGAAGGAGCGUGACGAAAGACUUCUCGUGAUCGUGGAAGGUCUUCUCGGGUUGUCGCGAGGCGGACAGCAUCGUUUCCCGGUGGAAGGUUCGAUAGUGCGUGGCGGGACCUCGACGUGCUGGACGUGCAUCUCACAUCCGGAGGGGCGGGGGCGGAGGCAAGCUUACGAGCUAUCGAGCGACCCCGGCACGGAGAUGCACGUGCGUCGCGGCGCUCGCUGGGGGUAGAACGGCCCGUCUCUCUCCGAAAAACAAACGUGACAUGUCAACCUUGGUAACGGUGGACUCGGGGGGAGCGACAAUAGGAAACGAAUCUGUCGAGUCGUCCAACGGCAGCGCGCGUUACGUGGUUUCCGUUGUCGCGGGUGAACGCUAGAGUGCUAGACGUCGAUAUCCGGCCCCGCGAGUUUCGCGGUCAUCCUCCUAAUACGGAUUAUUAGAUCUGAACCGAGGACGCGCGUGUCGAUUCGACGCGUCGCGUCGUGACGUCGAUGACGUCCGAAGAAGCUUGGAAUCGCUCUGCGGUCGUCCGUAUCGUCCCGUCGAACUAGAUAUGACGACCCCGAGCACCCCCCUAGCUGCGAGAUCUCGCGACUGUCCCCGAAGAAGCUGCGACGCGCCGCGAUCGUCGACGACGUUCCACCGUGGGCACCGAGCUCCGAGAUGUAAAUCCCUACCGCGAAGCCUACGGACCGCAGUCGUCGACGCUCUUUCGUCAAGUCGAUGACGAGCACGAGGCGGGAGGAAGCUCGAGCGAAGCAGUGACUCUGUAAGAUUCCGACCGUCGCGUCGCGGAGAUGUUGCCGCCGAGGAUGAUCGACCGCGGCCUGCCGUCGGAGACGACGGGCGGAGUCGAGCUACGCUCCGCCGAGGUCGCGGCGACCUGUCACGUCGCGAGAUACCGCGAGGAAUUCGACGAGACCAUCCGCACCGUCUCGGAGCCGGAGUGCACGAAGCGGAGACUCGACUCGGCCGGAACCGGAACCGGCAGCACCAGGUCGGUGCCGGAUGGGCGGCCGCGUCCGGGCUUCUCCAAGGGCUCCGCAUCUCUGCAGAGCCUAGUGCGUCGAAGGAGCCGCAGGCACGGCACGUCUCUACCCUCGGAGGUCGAGCUGUCUUCGAGGCAGGUCGUCUACCCCGCCGCGGCCGUCCGCUCGGACCUCCUCAAGGACAUCGGCGUCGGCAACGGCGCGGCGGUGCCGGUGUCGGUGUCGGUGUUCCGGAACGAGGAGGAGGCGGCUCGAACCGCCACGCCGACCUCCACGCUCGUCUACGCGACUUCCUCGGCGCACCCGUCGACCUCGAGGGGCGACAACAACCCGGCGACGACUCAGGACAUCUCGACGUCGGCCAGUAACGUCGUCACCACCACGGGCAGCAACGUCACCUCGACGACGAACGGCGGCCGCUUCGGCAGCGCGCCAGUCUCGUUGCCGAGGACGACCGGCGUCGUGAAACCGGGCCCCUCCACGUCCUCCUCCUGGAACAGCUCCGCCGAGCAGGAGAGCGACUACGUCGUCGAUCCCGUGCAGGGGAACGCCUACUACAAGGGACAGUUCUUGGGAAAGGGUGGUUUUGCGAGGGUCUACCUAAUGACUGAUGUUAGCAACGGAAAUCAGUACGCGUGCAAGAUCAUCCCGAAGAAUCGGAUGCAGAGAAUCCAUAUGCAGAAGAUCGCGCGUGAGAUCAUGAUCCACAAAGAGCUGAAUCACGUGAACGUCGUCCAGAUGCAUCACUACUUCGAGGACAAUCUCAACGUGUACAUGCUCCUAGAGGCCUGCCCACGAAAGAGCUUGAUGCACGUGCUGAAGUACCGUGGCAAAGUCACGGAACCGGAAGCGCGUUACUACAUGAAGCAAAUGGUGACCGGCGUCGCGUAUAUCCACUCGCAGAAAGUUGUUCACCGGGACCUGAAGCCGGGUAACAUGUUCCUAUCGGACCGGAUGAUCGUCAAGAUCGGUGACUUCGGGCUGGCGACGAGGCCCGAUGGCCAGCGCAGACGAGUGACGAUAUGCGGCACACCAAACUACAUCGCUCCGGAAGUUCUGUACAAGCAAGCGUACAGUUACGAGGCGGAUGUUUGGGCGCUGGGCUGCAUAUUGUACGCCCUGCUGGUAGGGCAACCACCCUUCGACACGGCUACGCUCAAGGAGACUUACGCCAGGAUCUGCAACAAUCAUUAUCGCGAGGUCGACGACAGUAUCGCGAGUAAAAGCGGUCAAGACUUGAUCAGAUGGCUGUUGCAAUCCAAUCCCGAGCUACGCCCGAGCUUGGAGAGGGUAAAGGAACAUGCCUAUCUCACCAAGGAAUACGUGCCUGCGUCUUUACCCCACACUUGCUGCUACCAAAUGCCACCGGCAUCGAUCAUCGAGCCACCCUCAUCGCCGUCCUCGGUGUCCACAGUCGCCAGGAAUGCGGAAGUUAAGGCACAGAUAUGGCAGCAGAGCCUCGUUUACCCCGACGCGUCGUUGCGCUACCAGCAACAGUCGAUUCAGACUCAGCAGACGCAACAGCAGUCGCAGCAAGUGCUGAACCGCUCGCACAAGAGCCUGCAGAAGGAAUCCAAGGUCUCCAGCUGGCUCGUCAGGAAAUUGCCCAAACUGCCGCGAUUCCGGCAACGACUCAGCAGCGUGCUUUGCCCGGAUCACAAAAAGUCCGGCUUCGUGGCGCAAAGCGUGCAAAUGCAUCGCGCAUUAGAGGCGUGCGUGCCGGAGAUGAAGCGGAAUAACGCGUGCAAUCCACCGACCGUAGAGGACAUCGUACCGCUCUUCGUCACCAAGUGGAUCGAUUAUUCGAACAAGUACGGGCUAGGCUUCCAACUCUCCGACAGGUCGGUUGGCGUUCUCUUCAACGACAACACGAAAAUCAGCUACACUCACGAUAGAAGAAGAGUGGAAUAUAUGACGACCGACGACGAGGUGACGCGAUAUCACCGGGAGAGGGACGUGCCAGCGCCGCUGCAAAAAAAGCUCGAGUUACUUCGUCAUUUUACCGAAUAUAUGGACGAUUUCUUGACAGAAGGUGGUGAGCUGAAAAAAUACCGCGCGCCGCCGAGACAGUCGAAAAACUCUUGCGUGCCGCGAAUGAGAAGGUGGCUGCGUACGGACAAGGCCAUCGUGAUGGAGCUAACGGUACCGCUCCUGCAAGUGAACUUCUUCGUGGACCACACGAAGAUGGUGGUGUCGCAGGAGUCCGCGGGAGGAAGGGGCUACCUGAUCACUUACAUCGACACCGGCCGACACGCGUCCUCUUAUUGGCUGAACGACCUGCGUGACCUCGGCUGCACCCCGGACCUCUACGAGCGUCUCUACUACGUCUGUAAGGUGACGCGCGAGUUCGCCGAGCUGGACAACAACACGAUCGCCUGAUGAUCGCCGACGAAUUCUCGGGGGACGCGCGCCGUGGUUCCCCCAAGAACCGCUCAGGCAGCCGAAAUAGCAGCGAGAUCUCUCAGAUACCUGUUUUAGCUCUUAUACUCAAGCAACUUCUUCUUUUCCAUAAAGUGGCAGUUGAGUGUCAGUGAUAAAAUUCUUCAGCUACAAAAAGUCGAUAAUUAUUAAUUGCUACGAUCGAAUUUUUUUGAAUUUUAAUUACCACGAUGAGAGAAACAGAAACACAUCCGUUUGUCUCUCUCUUUCUCUCUCAUAAGGGUUAAGGAUAAGGAAAUAGCGGCGGAGCAAGUACGUCACGAUACGUACCGUUACACGCAGCAUUUCUCGGGGGGGGAAGGAGGGGGAAAGUCGUAAAUAAGAAUGUCACGCGUAUAAGUCCGCGAGAAGGUGUGUCAUCUUGCGAAAGACCGCGCGGUGCGAGUGCUUCCGUUGAUUUAUAAAUCCGCAUGUUGUUUCCAUAAAACCAGCAGAGAUCACCUGUAAGCCCCUGGCCCAUUUCGGCAGGAGAUCCUCUCUGCAAAAAAAUUAAUUUUCCCACGUGAUUGAAGACUAGUUAGAUUAAUUAAUAAGUAAUCGGUCAACUUGCCAUCGUCGCAAUGAUGAUGUUUCGUGAGUCUAAGUAGAUAUAGUGUUAUAUUGUUCCUCUUGAAUCAAUAUUAAGUCGCGAAAGCAUUACGUGAAAGGAAUACACUUGUGAGAUCCCUGAAAGAACUAGCUACGCACUAUUUUUACGCACAGCGGCAUUUUUACAUGCAGAUCCCUCAUUCUCGUGCGAGAAUCAUUCGACGGAAAUUAUCGAGAUUAAUGUGAUAUGAACGUCAUAACUAGUUGCGAGAUACAUAUGUCCGGUGAUACUUUUCAUCGUACGAAACGCAAGACGGUCACAACUAGGAGAGUGUCAACUGCAUUGCUACUACCUCUGUUAAAUAGGUAGCACAGGUAGCUGUUAGUAUAUUUAUUUUUCACGGCGCAGAUCUCCCUAGUUCAGUGCCUAUAUAUCGAGUAAGUAAUUGAAAUCCGGUAGAUUAGUUUCAUCGGGUAAAUCGAAUAUAGUUUUAUUACACAUUUGCGCGAUCAUGCGGCGUGCAAAGUGUAAUGUCGUUCGGAACAACGGGAAUUUUUCCACGUAAAAAGAAAACUCUUCCUUCGCUGAAAGCACGCUGUUAUCGAAAUCUGAGCUCCACUUCGCGAUUCGUUGUUAAGACACCGCAUUGCCUGUAUCGAAUUAUGCGUGAAAAAAGUCAAAUAGAUCUUUUUAACGUUGAGUAUUUAAGGAGAAUAAUAGCUCAACCAACACAAGAAAAUUUAUAAACGUUUUUGCACAUGUGUGCGUUGCUCUCUCAAAAUAUAUUUUUGACUGUGUUCGAAUUUGUUCAAAAAUUUAUUCUUUUUUAUGACAUUGAGAUAUAAGGUGGAAUGCUCUGGAAGGGAUGAAUCUGACGUGCGAUAAGCGCGUGUUUGCAAAAGUAAAAAGAAGACUUGUCGAAACGCGUUUAAAUAAUAUAGAUGGAAUGCUCUGCAUUAUUCGAAAGAGAAACAGAUUAUUUUUGACGAGUUAAAAAGUCGAUUCUAACAAUUAGUUCUGUUUAUUCUUUCAUAGCGACACGUGUGUUUUGUAAAAAGAUAUCGCCACGCAUCUCUUUUCACAUGAUUUGCCAUCGAGUACUUAAAAUCGGCCCAAGGGCACAGAGAGGAAGCCUCGGUAAAUUGUUAGCAAAUCCUAGUCAACGCUCCUUUUCUAGAAUCUAACGAAGGACGAGCGACGAGUGUCACUGCCAUCGUUGUUACGCGUUGCCGCUGUAUCCAGGCUGUUGCGUUUAUAGUUAUACUAUUUAUUAGUUGCGUUUAUACGCGUACGCUUGUUGGAAGUUCGUUGUGUGCUAUCGUUAAGACCGUGAAGAAUACGUGGUAGUUUUACGGGGAAGAGCCUCUCUCUUUAUAUAAGACGAGCCCGGUCCGAAUGUUUCUUCGCACAAUUGUGCAAUUGUUUUCGCGGGCGUUCGACGCUUAAUGUCGUUUUCCGUUUUUCUCGUCUUGCCAGUUGGAAUUGGUGCACGUAUCUAGGACCAAUUAGGCGGAUACCGCGAAACCUCGGGAGAGAUCAGCUACAUCCUAGAUAUUGCACGUUAUAUUGGUGACAAGCGAACGGUUCGAGCCAUAUGUCGUCGACGGGAUUUCCCGAUGACAUAAUCACGUUCUCUCGUAACGUAUAGGCGGAUGCAUCACCGAUGCAUUAUGCCGAAAAAAUUUCUGAUCGACACGAUUAUAUUUGUAUGCAUUUUCCCGGCAUGUCGCACGCAACGCGUCCCGCCCGAAUUGUUCUAUUUCCUGUUAUCGUGUGUACAUUAAUACCGCUAUCAUAGUUGUCGCUAGUUAUUUAGAUUAUUAUUGCUAUUACUAUUACGAUUAUAUGAUUAUUAAUAUUAUUUUAUUACGAUUGUAUUCUGACUUACGCUAUCGCUAUCGUCCGCUAUCGAUGAUAUUGUCGCCAUCGCGACAUGCGGCAGCGACCGCAAUUAUCUUUAGUACAAUUAUUAAAUCACUUAUUAUAGAAAUAAUGGCAAUUCGCUGCACCACGGGUGCGCGUUCGUUAUUCGCAUCCAACGCGACAACGUUUGUCGUCAUAUAUAAAACGCGCAGUGAUAUUAUUAUAUUUUAUUUUUUAUCGAGGUCUUUUAUAUAUGUAUAUAUAUAUUGCAUUACAUUUUAACGCGCGUUCCAUGCAACGAAGCGACAAUUAACACUAUAAGGAUCUCAGAUUUGUUGCUUUAUUCGUUUUCUAUGGAGGAGAAGUGAAGCGUUAGAUUCGAAGCAAUAGACGUUGUUCCGAUUACGAACAGCGGACCGUGUAAGUUAGAGGGAUAGGAGAGUGUCGCUAGUGAAACAUAUUUAAUAAAGCUGCGAUUUUGAUAAAGUA